UGUACAGUUUUCCCGAAUCAGUAUGACAUCCUGGUAUUUUUGGCAUACAGCAGAUCUCGCAGUUGUUCACAUACUGCAUACUGCAUUUUGGCCAAAUCAGUAUGUACUAGUAGUAUAGUAUGCGGUUUCGAAAACAGCCUGUGUCGUUUCUCUUCCUGCAGCUUGAAGUUUUGGAGUCUUGAGGACAAUUUGUGAGUCAGCCUGAAGAUAGAAGAACACCUGGAAGGUUUUAUAUCACUAAACGUGAACUUCAAACGUCUGCAGCCUCACCGGAGAUUAAGAAUGAUUUUUAAUCAUGACCGUGAACGCUUCAUCACAUUUAUCUCGCGAGAGCAGACUUCCCCUGACAACAUUGUACGUGGCUUCACAGCUGAGGACUUGGAGCGAUCACGGGGAUGUUUCAGUUGAAUAUACACAGACUGACAACAUCUGGAUGCUAUGAACUCUUCUCAUUGACUUUGACAUUUGAUUAAACACGGCGGCUACUGUCGUCAGAUCUUUUUAUCCACGUUCUCUCGGGAGUGACGAGAGCUUCACGGACUGCAGGAUCCGCCGGGUGCUGAAGUCUCCCCCCUUUUCCGUAGAUCAGCCAAUAUCCAUAUGUGAUAUGGCGGAGAUCGGGUCGUCGGUUGAAAUCUCCGGCUCUCUGGCGAGCUCGACCCUUCCUCCGCCGAGGACCCGCAUCUUUAAGAUCAUCGUGAUCGGGGACUCGGGUGUCGGGAAGACUUGCCUCACAUACCGCUUCUGCGCCGGGAAGUUCCCCGAGAAGACCGAGGCCACGAUCGGGGUGGACUUCAGGGAGAGGCUGGUGGAGAUCGACGGGGAGAAAAUCAAGAUCCAGCUGUGGGACACUGCAGGUCAGGAGCGCUUCAGGAAGUCCAUGGUGCAGCACUACUACCGCAACGUGCACGCUGUCGUCUUCGUCUACGACGUCACCAAUGCCGCUAGUUUCCGCAGCCUCCCGGCCUGGAUCGAGGAGUGCAAGCAGCAUGCUCUGGGCACGGAGGUACCCAGGAUCCUUGUUGGAAACAAGUGCGACCUCCAAGACUCGAUCCAGGUGGGCACGGAUGUGGCGCAGCAGUUCGCUGACGCCCACUCCAUGCCCGUGUUUGAGACGUCUGCAAAGAACCCAAACAGCCAGGGAGACGGUGGGAACUGUGGCGGAGCAAACAGCGACCACGUGGAGGCUAUUUUUAUGACCGUGGCUCACAAGCUGAAGUCUCAGAAGCCUCUGGUGCUGAGCCAGCCGCCCGAGGGGUCAGGGGUGACCGUAAACCUCAACAGGGGGACGGACGACGGGGGAGGCGGGGCCAGGAGCUGGGGCUGCAGCAGCUGCUGAGGGCGAACAAAUGGAGGGAGAGAGAGGAUGAAAUCUUAAGAGUGCACAUGACUGAAGAGACUGCAGAUGGAUAGAGGAAGGUUGUAAGCUUCAGAAACAGCACUACACAUAGAUGAAUGUCACUGUCAGUAGACGAUACAGUCUUUUAAAUGCUUGUGCUUCACGAUAUAUAAACGAUUCUGGGCUACUAAUCACAGAAUCAUUGUUGUCUGGGAGUUCCAAAGUCCUUUGUUGCUUUGUGGAAAUCAUCCUGAACAAGGAGCCAAAAACUCUGAUUGUAAAUAUGUUCUCUCCGGUGCCAUUUGAGGUUUAUCAUUAACUUCUUUUCAUUCGUUCUUUGGCAUCAGAAAACAUUCAGAUAAAGUGGUGGUGAUGAAUACGGGAAAUGAUGUGAAAUCAAUGUGAAUGAGAGUUUGAUUUCCUCAAACAGGCGAGUAGUGAAAGGACGAGAAAACACAACCCUUUUCUAAUUGAACACUGUGCGCCAUCUUGUUUGUGUUGAGCCUGUUGGAGAGAUUUUACUUGAGUCACUCAAGCCAAAAGUUGAGGCAAUCAUUUCAUUGAAAGGUGUUCAUUUUGGGUUUGUUUGGGUUCAGAGUUCAUCGGUGAUCAAAUGGCCACGUGGUGUUGUAUCAUAAUGUUCUUAAGCCGAACAUAUCAGUUCAAAAAAACAUCGGCAUUGGCAAUAUUUUACGACCUGCGUUGCACAACUCAUGAUUGCUAUCUUGCAGUCUUCCUGCCUUCUGCAAUGCUCUGCUGAAUUAAUCAUCUGUGUCCAAUCCAUGAAGAACAGUCAAACAGUCGGGUAGUGUCGUCAGAAAUGUGAAUUGCUUCAGCAUCAUGCACAUGCCACCGGAGCAUUAAGGUGUGAGCAAUGAAGAUCCUCUCAUAAAGUCCAAAGAUCCACAGUGUACGUUUAAGACUGGAAACCUUUACUCUGAAAAAUAAAUGUUCAUUCAGUGUGGAGGAAAGACUUCUCAUAGGAGUUUUUUCUGUUCGAAGCAAAAACAUAUCCAGAUCUCUAAAAUCCUGCAAUGAUUUAAAAAAAGGAAAAAAAGAAAAAGAGGCUUGUGGUUCAAAUCUUACGUUUACACGGGAUGCAGAAAGGCUCCCAUCAGUGUCAUCCAUUAUCUGUGUCGAAAUAGUGGCAACAGUGCGUCUCUGGCUGUCGUCACAUCACACCUUCCCCAUAUGUUGAAUAAAUGUGAUUAAUCCUGAAUUAGUCCAGAUAGAAAGUGUCUGAAGCAGAGGGAAACAUGAUGUUUCAGCCACAGUGAAUAAGCUGUUUCAGGACCGUUUUCUUCAGGAGAUAGUGGAGGUUAAAAGCGUCUAAACAGCACAUGAAGGGAAUAAAAAAUGUUAUGCAUUAUUAUUGAUUUAUCAAAAGCAAAGUGUGCUUAAAAAAUGCCUCUGUGAAGUGAACCGGUUUGACAAAAGUUAAUGGAAUUUUGCUUGAUAACUUCUUUUUAAAGAUUCAUUUUUGGGGCCUUUUGUGCCUUUUUAUUUGAGAAAUAAGAUGGGUGAUAGAGCCGGAAAUCAGGGAAAGAGAGAGAGAGAGAGUGAGGAAUGACAUGCUGGUCGGAUUUGAAGUUGGGCCACCCACUUGGAAAACUACAGCUCCCAUUAUUGAUAACUGGUUUUUGACAGUAAGCAAGCUAAACUGCAACUCCCCCCCCCUUUGGUACCAAACAAAACACUUCUCUGUCGGGGAUCAUUGCCAGUUUGUAAUAAAGUAUCCAGGACAGAGAUAUAAAUCUGGUUUUAGGGAUGUAUUUAGUAGUUAGCUAGUUUGUCAGCGGUUAGUAGACACACAGCGUUUGUCAACGGAUUUUCAGGAUUUGUACGAAGCUAAUGAGGUGACAUGGAUAUGUUGUUUUUGUUUUUUAAACACGCUCUUUUUAUUUUCUGGGCAGCCAUUUUAUAAUUCACAUGCACGUUCUAAGUAACUCACGUGCGUAUCUGUAUUUCACGCACUCAUUCUGUGAAGUUCAAGCGCUUUCAGUAACUGGCACAUGCGUCUUUAUUUAAAUAAAUUAAACUAAUAUCGACCAUAUUCCUACGGCGGCUUUGUUGCUAUGUUUGAUAACCAUAGCAUUCAACCACUUCCUGGUUAACAUUUAUGUUUGAGAAUCACAGAUACGAUAUGAUUUAGAGCAAAAUUAUUGUAGCCUGAGGUCAAACUUGAUGGAUCAUUUCAAUAAAGUAACAUACCAACCAUGUCACCUCCGGGGCGCCGUAGAUUUGUGUUAGCAAGCUGUACUGUUAGCAAGCUGUACUGUACGCUCCCUCGUCUUCUCUGACUGUUUAUUCAACCAAUGGUUUUCAAAAUGUCAGUUGGGAAUCAAAUAUCUGGUAUGGAGAAGACAGAUGGUUUCUGAGCGGUAUUUAACCUGCGCUACCCCUGCUAACUAGCGUGUUAGCGAGUAGCUCAGUUAACCAACAAGUGAACGUUUCGUUCACAGUUUGUACUUCUUCCAUAUUUAACUGCAGAGACUGUCACUAUGGAAGUCAAUGGAUUUGUAUUUAUGUCUGUUUAUUAACACACAGCAAAAGAGCGGACAUUACCACAGGAAAAUGUUUAUUCUUCUGCUCUUUGGAGGACGUUGUGUGCAUCAUGAUGAAUUUGAUGACAAAGGAUACAAAGGGAAACGGUUUGGUAUUUGGAAAUGGAUUCAAGCCAAAUUUGUCUGUGUGUUUGUUUUUUUCUUCUUCUCUGCUAAAAAGCAUAAAAAACUGUUGGCUGGCCUCUGAAUCAAACAGUGAAAACAUACCUCUCAUAUUGUGUUCAUGGAUUCCUAUUAUCCACUACAUUUCCUUGAUGUUUGCUUAUGAUACUCAGCACGUCUCACAAACACUUUUGUAUGCUGAAAUGAACAGUGUCUUUAUUAUCCAUGUUUCACUCUAUGGCUGGUGUCUGUGGGAGCAACGUGGUGAUCAGAAUUCAAAUGAAAAAGCUCAUUUGAAAAUGAAAACGCAUUAACAGAAAUGUUUUUUAUUUUCAGAAUAUGGGUGCCUUAUUUGACUCACAAAUAAAAUUCAUAUUUAAUCAUC